AUGCGUAUCCAGAUCAAGGGAGGAAUAUGGAAGAACACAGAGGACGAGAUUCUGAAGGCGGCGGUUAUGAAGUAUGGGCUGAACCAGUGGGCCCGCAUCUCGUCGCUGCUCGUCCGCAAGUCGGCCAAGCAAUGCAAGGCCCGCUGGUACGAGUGGCUGGACCCCGCCAUCAAGAAGACGGAGUGGACGCGCGAGGAGGAUGAGAAGCUUCUGCACCUGGCCAAGCUGCUGCCCACCCAGUGGCGCACGAUCGCGCCGAUCGUGGGGCGCACGCCGGCGCAGUGCCUGGAGCGGUAUGAGAAGCUGCUGGAUAUGGCGGUCGGGAAGGACGACAGGAACUGA